AUGUCGGUCACAUCGAUACCUCUCGAACCCCUCGUGCCGAUGGCACGUGCGGACACAAAUGACUGUUUUCCCCAUGUCGGUGCAGCCCCCCGAGACUGCAAUCCCGCCGAAGUGCACUCCGAAAAGAAAGGCGACCUGGAGAUGGACACAAGCGAUAACAGCACUUGGUCAGCUAUGAACCGCGCUGGGAAGGAUCGGGCGCCAAUUGUUGAGAAACAUUCUACGCCUGAUCUUAGUUUCUUGACGACAGAACACCCACUCUUUCCACCAAUGCCGUCAUACGGUUCCCGUUCUACGUUUAUCAGGAUCCAGGACUAUUUCCUCAUGGUCGUCUCGUUCUUCCUCUCGCUCUGCUUUCUGACUUGUAUAUUUAUCGGGGCCCUCAUCCACAUCGCCGGAGUCGCAAUAACCGAAACUGGAUUGCGAAUGAAUGGCCGCGACCCGGAAACACAGAGGGUCUUCUACCAAGAAGAACGUACACGAAGGAGAGUGCGGGCCGAGGCUGAUCGAAGAUGGCACCUCCAUCAACAGAAGAGGGACUUGGACGAGGAACAAGGAGCUAAAGAAUGCUCAUCAUUGGAAGGUGGCAAGGAUCUACUUGUUGCUGAUGUCGCAUACUAUGCCCGUCGAGUAGGUCUCGAUGUGGAAACAUUCCGAGUGCAGACAGAAGAUGGUUUCAUUAUCACCUUGUGGCAUGUCUACGAUCCCCAAGAGUAUGCGACCCUGUCACCAGAAGAAAGGCGUGAACGUGGCCCUCACGUUUUCACCGCGCCGAAAGUGCAAAACCCGAAUUGCCAGCAGGUCAAUAGGCGAUACCCUGUCCUCCUGGUGCAUGGAUUGCUGCAAAGCGCUGGUGCCUUUUGCACUAACGACGAAGAUAGCCUGGCAUUUUACCUCUGCAAGUCUGGGUAUGAUGUCUGGCUCGGAAAUAAUCGCUGUGGCUCGGACCCAGAACAUACCACUCUGUUACCUGACGACCCGCGCAUGUGGUCUUGGGACCUCCGGCAUCUUGGAAAGCUGGACCUUGCAGCCCUCACUUCCCGUGUGCUUUAUGAAACGGGAUUCAAGACGCUAGGUCUAGUAUGCCAUUCCCAAGGCACCGCACAGACGUUUUUGGCUCUUGCCAAGGAACAGCGUCCUGAGUUGGGCGAACAUAUUUCGGUUUUCUGUGCCCUCGCACCUGCUGUAUAUGCCGGGCCCCUUGUGCGUAGACCAUACUUCCGAUUCAUGAGCAUUCUAUCUCCAGCGUUGUUUCGACUGGUGUUCGGUAUUCAUUCCUUUAUCCCUUGCAUGAUGACCGCCCGCCGUCUACUUCCGUCAAAGAUAUAUGGAACUCUAGCAUACUGGGUAUUCUCGUUUUUAUUCGACUGGUCCGACACGCGCUGGGAGCGUGACUUGCGCCAUCGUAUGUUCCAAUUCGCCCCGGUGUAUGUUAGUGCCGAGUCCAUGCGCUGGUGGCUCGGAAGCGAGAGCUUCGCCAAACAUAAAUGUAUAUUGUCUACGGAGGACGAGCUUCUUCGCGAGACAACCACCAACAACACAUUAUGUGAUGACACCGUUGCUGAGCACGGUGAUGAUCCCAGGGACCCAUGUUUGGGCCCAGGGGCCCCUAAACACUGGUACGGCCCGGGAACACCCCCAUUUGCAUUUUGGAUCGGCGGGUCAGAUGCUCUUGUUGAUGGGCAUCGACUUGUGAGUCGCUUCCACAGCGGCCGUGAGCCUCAUGCGCGCCUUGUCCAUUCGAAGAUCAUCGAGGAAUAUGAACACCUCGACGUGCUUUGGGCGAUGGACGCGAUUGAGCAGGUCGGUCAGGAAGUUCGACAAGUCAUUUGGACAACCAUGCCUGAGGAUGCACGUCAAACAUGUCGCGCCCCUCACGGUGUAAACCUCGAGAUGGUUGAUACGGCAUAG